CUCUGUUAGAGCUCCGCGACUGCCAGCACCGCCCUCCUCCAUCUCCUGUUCUUCAGGAGAAUCUCAGAUUUCCGCCACUGUCCCCGUCACGACCCACGUGAUCCCCUUCCGCCCCGACUCUCACACUCCCCAACGACUCUACGACCAGAUGGACCUGUACAACUUUUCUCAGGACUCACUCGCACAACCCGCCUCCCGCGUAGUGCCGGCCGGCGCCCUCGACACGCCGCACAUGACGCUCGUGUCGCCUGCCGAAGCGCACUCCAACGACGAGAAGAAGAACAGGCUCAAGCGCAGAGACCUCAAGCUGCGGAAGCUCCUGUUCGGCGCCGACGUCAGCCUGCAGAGGCAGCGCAGCCUCGUCAUCAAAGAGCUCAUGGUCGGCCACGGGCACCAAGGCUGCCUCAUGUCGUCGCAGCCAGUGCAGAAGGAGCUCAGGAAGCUCCUCCGCAAGACGAUGAGGCUCAAGAAGAAGACCAAGAAGAGCUCCACCUACGAGAAGCUGCGCCGUUGGGUGACGCGGCGGAGGACGGGAAGGGCCCAGCUGGAGAAUCCCUCCGACUGUAGCGCCACCAGCAGCACGUGCCACGACGCGUACGACCUUGACCACAGGCACGACCAAGACAGCACGUACGACCAGGGCAACACGCACGACCACGGCCCCAAGGACACAGGAACGGACUCAUACCUCACCCCUAAACGACUCGACUCCUCCAGACGCUCCUCCCGACGCAACCGACGAUCCCCCUUCCCCAGGCGCUCUCUCUCGACCCGGAGCGGUAGCAGGAGGCGGCGACGAAGAGAAGGGCGCUACCACCUGGAAGACGACGCGAUCCGCGCCAGCUUCAGGAGCAGCAGGAGCUUUCGGCGGGACACGCUGAGGAGACACUCGUCCAGCAGGAGCUUCAGGGACGGCCGGCCUCGUUCCCCAUUCCUCGGCCUCGAGAGACGCAGGUCCUCGAGGAGGAGCCAGAGGGAGCGAGACGAAAGGCGCCGCGUGAGCCCCACGCCCCAACGGCACCGCUGGCCGUCGGGCUCCAUGCGGCGCCGCGAUUGGGAGGAGCGGACGAGCGGCCGCAGGCCGAGGUCGGCCUCGCUGUCGUCUCGCCGCAGCCGCCCGCAGACGUCCUCCAGUCGGCGCGGAACCGGCUCGGGGCGCCCGGACUCGCGGCUGGAGCGCGUCCGGCAGGCGUGGCGGGACGACGAGGACUACUACCUGAACCCGUUCGACUCGUGGCGCUUGCGGCACCAGAGUCACCGCGCAGGGCUCUCCUCCCCGUCGCCGCCGCGCUCGCCUGGGGACGCCGGCGUGUGGGAGAGGAUGUUCCCCGAGCGCACGCCCAUCCGCCAGCGCCUGCGCGAAUCGUGGAGGGCCAAGGAAGGGGAUGAUGACGGUGCCCUGAGGCGCCCGACGCCUCGACAACACCCGCCCUCCGAGGAAGGCGAACUGGAGGCCGACU